AUGCUGACCGAAACUAUGAUGUGCCAAACUGAUAUACAGGCUUCUUCGACUGUUCGCAGUCUUGAUGCGCCUGAACUGGAGAAGCUAUAUGUGCACGAGGUGUACGACACCAUCGCCGAAACCUUCAGUGCCUCUCGUUACGCCCCCUGGCCGGGCGUUUUGCGUUUCCUAAAAUCCCGCCCCCCCGGAGCCUGGGGUGCUGAUAUUGGUUGUGGGAAUGGCAAGUACCUCGUCGCUGCAGUCAAGGAGAGAGUCAAUAUCCUGCCGAUGCUUGCUUCCGAUUCUAGUGUCAAGCUCAUUAAUAUAGUUCACGAGAGAGGCUUCGAUGGUAUUGCGGCGAAUUUGCUUUCUUUGCCAUACCGUCGAGGUAUAUUGGACUUCUUUAUAUGCAUCGCUGUUCUGCACCACCUGGCAACACCAGAGCGGAGGAUAGAGGGGAUUCGUGUCAUGGCAGACCUUCUAAGAGUGGGCGGCGAAGGCCUGAUACAGGUAUGGGCUAAAGAUCAGAAGUGGAGUGGACAACCUGCCGUCUAUGUUGAGAAAAACGAAAGUUCAGCAACGCAGUGUUGUAACCAUUCGCAACAAUCUGAAAAUGCUGUCGUUUUUCGAGACUCCACACUCUCUGUUCAGAAACCCCGUACUCCCUUUGUUGCUUCUGAUGUGCUUCUACCGUGGAAUGCGCGAAAGAAGGGCAAGUAUGGCGCCCAAACACACUGUGAGGAUUCAACAAAUUCGGCCGUGCAUAAUAUAAAUCGUUAUUACCAUGUCUUUGAAAAAGGCGAAUUAGAAAACCUCAUUUCUACGAUUCCAUGUGUCAAAAUCGUCGACUGCGUGUAUGAACAAGGCAAUUGGUCUGCGAUUAUUCGAAAAAUUGACUCGUCUUAG